CAAAGAAACACGUGCUUAUUAAUCAGCUGUUUAUUGGUUUUUAAAAUCAAAAUAAAAACAGCUUAACCAGUUGCUUAAAUUAAUGCCGAUAUUUUACUUAGUAAGAAGUUAUAAACACCAAACAAAGUCAUGUCAGCAAAUAAAAAGAAAAAUCUGAAUGCGAUGGAAGAAGACCCAGCGAAUGAUGAUUCGGACAGCUCAAGUGAAUCAGACGAAGAUGGAGCACAUCCUGAUGCCUACACCGGCAAUGAGGAAGUGGAAGUCGAUUUCGAAGGGCGCGCGCCUACCGAUCCCGAUUGUCAUGGAAUUUCUCAGCUAUUACAACGGAUCUUUUUACAAGCACCGAUUAACACCAUGCAAAUGGCUGGAUUGAUAAUUGGACAAAAUUACGUGGGCAGUGUAAUUUAUCAAUGCGAGCAGGAUGGCGCAGAGAGUGACAUGGACGAUGACAUGGUUGAAGAUGGAACAAUAUUUGGCAUUACUACCGUUAUUAACAUGACCGCGAAGAAGGAUGUUGCUUGUAUAGAGCAACUACGUGGAUACAUAGUACAACGAGCAGAAAAGCAUGCAACAGACUCUGUGUUGACGCACUUCCGCGAUGUGCUUGGCAACGAUGGCCGACCAGUGGGUUUUCUAAUCAAUGAGCGUUUCAUCAACAUACCGGCACAGAUUUCCAUACCAUUGCUAGAAAGCUUGUAUAAGGAAGUAUUGACAGCCAAACAGAAGGGCAUGAAAUUCAAUUUUAGUUACUAUUUGAUGAUUAUCAAAUUUUAUCGAAAAGAAGCGCGCAAGGGAAAAGCAGCUGAGGAUACAUUCACUAACCUUGAAGAGGAAGUGAUUUGUUCUAAAGCUGUAAACUCUUUCGAAUAUUCUGUCGUAAAUGAGUGCGAUGUGGGUAUGAGUGGGGAUUGGCUGGAAGGUGACGCGACGCUAAUACCUUAUAGAAAGAUUAUUUUGUUCGAUGCGAAACAGCUGCAGCAAUUGAUAGACGACAUACGUAAUUUUAUCAACGGAGUUUAAAAAAGAUAAUUGUAUUCACUUUUUGAUAUCUAAUUAAAUGUAUUUAUAUGUGAGCUACUUUUAAA